AUGACGGAACCUAUUGUGUUCGUGGAGGAUAAUCCGGCAGGCGUUGAUUCCGGACAUAAACCACGGUUCAGACGGCGUCGUGGCGCGUGUGAGUCAUGCAAGCGCCGGAAAGUCCGAUGUAAUGGCUCAAACCCUUGCAAUCAGUGCCAAAAAUCAUCGAUCGACUGCCAGUAUAAAGCCUCAAGCUGGAAAACCAAUGACGGGUACACAGAACGCGGGCCCUCUGAAUCGCCCUUGCCUAUUGCAAGGGGGAGUUUAACGCCUCCUCAAACUGUUACGCUACCAAGCCCAAUUGGCGCCGUGACUUAUACAGGAUCAGUGGAAGAGUCAUCCGCAUCCGGGAUUGAUGGCUCGGAUCCACACAGCCUUUCAAUGAGGUUAAGCAAUACUGGGAGCACCAUCAAUACUGAUUCAACAGACAUCUCGCAAUGGCAAGAUUGGCUCAUCAAUAGCGACGUACCUUUUGGGGACAGUAUGCAACUGACAGGAACUUCUGACGAUUUCUUAACCGACUGGCUAGACCCCCAGCUUGUGAACCCGCCCAAUACUGCUGCCAUUACGCAAACCCUUUCGGGAGAAAACUUAUCUCGACCGUCCGGCUUACUGCUUGGCACGGCGGAUCCUCUACCAUCGAACAGUGAUUCCGACUUAAAUGGCACAAGAAACGAGCUAAUCGCCAGUUUUUUUCACAAGCUUCGCUCUCAGAGACCUUUCAUUUUAUGCGAUGGAAACAGCGAGACAAUACUAAAUAAUAACAUCAUGGCUCACAGAGAAUUUCAUGAUACAAAGUUUAUUUCUCGAUGUAUUGAUACAUGCUAUGCAGAUCCUGAAGGCAUUCGCGUAUUUCUGGAGAGAAAGAGUGUUGACUCUGUUGCCGACGAGGUAGCCAAAGGUGCUUCGGCUGUUGAUAGGGAAACGUCCGUUUUAUUCCACUCCGUAAUGGCUAUUGGAUGUCACGGUUUAAGUCUUGAGCAGGGCCACCACACAAUUGGCAAACAAAAAUACUCUGUCUCGAUGAUAUUCAAAGAAGCUCUAUACAUGAGACAGAAUUUGCGGGAUAAGCCUACUCUUCGGGGCCUACAGGCUCUUUUGACUAUGGCAUACUUUUCAGGCCGAGUAGGCGAUGAUUCGACUUCGAGCUUGCUCGCAGAUGCAGCCGUUUGCGCCCAGACACUGGAACUGCACAGUGCAAGUGCGAUUGAAAAGCAAUAUAAUAGCUCCUCGGAACAGCAGGUAGCCAAACGUGCCCUCUGGUUCUUAAAUUCACUUGAGAAGCCCCGCUGCCUCGCUGAAGGCCUAUUGCCGCUGAUCCACGACGAUUUAAUCGACUAUGACCCGCCGUCUUCCGCAAGCCACUCACCAGAUGAGGUUGACUGGUUUGCCAUCAACGCUCGGUUUGCCACCAUCUGUUAUUCCAUCAUAAGGGAGCGACCUCGCGGUAAACUUGGUCGCUCAUCACCACGGCGCGGACAAGGCCAGGCGUCUCAGCAUAGCGCGAGCUCGACGAUAAGCAGGAUUGAGUCUCUGUUGGAUGAAUGGAGAGGUGACCUCCCGUUUGCAAGUGACACUAACGCAACCGAAUCCAACGAAUUUGCGGCGUUGACGUGUUCGGAGAGACGCCACAGGAUUAAGUGUCUGAAUAAAUACUGGUCCGCCGUCAUUGCAACGCAUUCAGGACAGGCUCGUGUUGUGGUCGUAGAUGGCGGUGGAGGUGUCGGAUUGAGUAAAGAACGAUGCGUGGAGGCCGCUCAGGAGAUUCUAAAGAAUAGCCACUACAUUACCUCCACCGACAUUUUAUAUGAUAUUCGCGACACGGGUGAUCAUGACUGCGGUGAUCCGGGAGGCGUUUGCUGGUGA